UAACCUCAAUUAUUUCAACAAAGUGUUUGUUGUUUUAUAAUCUAAAUAUUCAUGUUUUUGCAUUUUUGUUCUCUGUUUAUGACUUAAAAAACUGAACUAUGGAUAAAAGAGACAAAGAAAUCGGUACUCUCGCAUUACCUCAAAAAAGAUAUUAUAGACAAAGGGCUCAUUCAAAUCCCAUGGCGGAUCAUUGUUUUGACUACCCCACAACUCCUGAUGAGAUGAAUUGGGCCAAGUACUAUCCUGAAAAAGUAAAAACGGACCAAGAAAAUGACUUGAAAGUAGAAUUUGUCGAUAUUGGUUGUGGUUACGGGGGUCUGUUAAUAACGCUUUCACCCAUGUUUCCUGAUAGCCUUAUAUUGGGAAUGGAAAUAAGGGUGAAAGUGUCCGAUUAUGUUAUGGACAGGAUAGCAGCUUUGAGGUCACAGCACCCUGGUGCAUAUCAAAACAUCGCAUGUCUAAGAUCAAAUGCAAUGAAGUAUUUACCUAAUUUCUUUAAAAAAGGACAGCUGAAAAAAAUGUUCUUUCUGUAUCCAGACCCACAUUUCAAAAAAGCAAAACACAAAUGGCGAAUAAUCAAUAAGUGCCUACUAGCUGAGUAUGCGUAUGUUUUAAGUGAAGGAGGGAUAGUUUAUACAGUGACAGAUGUCAAGGAUCUACAGGAGUGGAUGGUUCAACAUUUCUCAGAACAUCCCCUCUUUGAGAGGGUUGAAGAUCAAGAUUUGGAAGCUGACCCCAUAGUUGAAAAAUUGUAUAGUAGCACUGAGGAGGGUCAAAAAGUGACAAGAAAUAAUGGAGAUAAAUUUCUAGCAGUGUUUAGACGAGUGCCCGAUAAAUUCACUUUGGUUUAAUGAUAACAUAAUAAAACUCAAAUAUUAACUAUA